AUGCUUUUGUUCAUAGUAUUGGCAUAUCUCGUUGUUUGCUCGGUUGCCAAGGUUGACUACGGAACCCUUGACAACCAGCGCGAAAGCAUAGAUGCGCUCGUUGCCGAGUACACCGCGGCCAAUGACAAAUCGCUGCUAUGGGGGGCCUACAGAUCGAACCUCUACCUGGGAGUCAAGCCUCGUCUCCCCGAGUCGUUGUUGACCGGGGUGAUGUGGUACAGCGUGGACGAUUACCAGGGCAUCGGGUAUCUGCGCCACGAGUGUCGUCAAGAGGACCAGCUGGACAAGUUUGGCUGGACAAAGUACGACGCACGGAUCGGAGGCCACGAAGUUAUCAAGGACGCACAGUUCAAGACCCAGAUCGACGCCGACUUUGUCAAGACAGAGUCAGGCAAUUGGGCGUUGAGGGUCAAGGGCAAGCCGGAAAACCCAGACGCCAAGACAUCGGUCGUGUUCUACGCGGGUCUCGAGGGAGAAGGCGAGCUGCAAUAUGCUGGUGCUGAUGAGAUUGUUGAAAAAGAUGCGAAAUUGGUGGGAUACUCCGAGCGUCUUGGAGGUCUCUUCGAGAUCGACGUCACUCGCGGAGCCGACGACCAGUACAUCAAGAAACAGAAGGUCCACGAGUAUGGAUUGGAUCCGUCGGUUACCAGACACUUAUCGUUGACGAUUCCUACAGGAAAUGUCUGGCGUGCUAAGGACAUUUUAUUGACACUGAUUGGCGAGAAAAUCAACCAAUUGAAGGAUAAACUGACCGUGGACAAUAAAGUUCCUCCAGAACAGCUUUUCCAGAUGCAGAAUAUGGGCCAAUUCAGCGGAAACCUGCAUUUUGUGCAAAAAACGUUCCAAGGAGAGUUUGAAUUUGAUAUUUUAUACAAUGUUGCCGAGACUGACCAUUUGAGCUCCGACGUUCUUCCUCAGAAGAUCAAGGAGAUGAACGACAGGUUUGACAAGAACUUCAUUGAAAAGUUCCAGCUGCUUGCUCCGUUCACUAAGCCGUCUUACUUCCAGUUCGCCAAAGAGAUGCUUUCUCAGCUUUUGGGAGGUAUCAGCUAUUUCUACGGUGACCAGCUGGUUGACCGCGACGUUGUCAUUGACGAUGUUGAGUUCAGCCAUGCCCAUCUUCAGGGCAAGUCGGAGGGACCUUAUGAACUGUUCACCGCCGUUCCCAGCAGACCGUUUUUUCCACGUGGAUUCUACUGGGACGAAGGGUUCCAUCUCUUGCCUAUUCUUGAGUACGACUCCGACCUAGCCCUGGAGAUCGUUCAAAGCUGGUUCUCGCUGAUUGACGACGACGGAUGGAUUGCCAGAGAACAGAUUUUGGGAGACGAGGCUCGAAGCAAGGUGCCACCAGAGUUCACUGUGCAGAACCCAAAUAUCGCCAAUCCGCCAACCUUGAUGCUGGUGUUCACCAAACUUUUGGACCUGGCCAAACAGGCUCAGGCCACCCAAUCUCACGGUCUGAGGCUGGACGACACCCUCGAUGUCUCGCAGCUUGGAAACAUGCAUCUUCAAAACCCAGAGCUGUUGGUGGACUAUGCCAACAAAAUAUAUCCACAGCUACAGAAACAUUACAACUGGUUCCGCAACACCCAGCGCGGCGAAACCAGCUUAUUUGAUAGACAGUGCCAUUCCACACAGGAUGUUUUCCGUUGGAAGGGCCGCACCAAAGAUCACUGCUUGCCCAGUGGAAUUGACGACUAUCCGCGUCCGGAAGCUGAUGUUGCAGAGUUGCACGUUGACCUGCUGGCCUGGAUGGGCAUCAUGACCCGUUCCAUGUACAAGAUCGCGCAUCUUCUAGACAAGCACGACGACUCCAAACAAUACUUGGACAUUUACAACAACAUUGUUGGCAAUCUGGACGAUCUUCAUUGGAGUAGCCAAGAUAAGAGCUACUGUGACGUGACUGUUGAUGACAACGAUGAGAACGUGUUUGAGUGUCACAUUGGAUACGUCAGUAUCAUGCCAUUUGUUCACCAUCUGAUACCGGCUUCGUCAGACCAUCUCGAGCAUGUGCUGGCCCAGUUGCAUGAUCCGGAGCAGCUAUGGACACCAUACGGUAUCCGGUCUCUUUCCAAACAAGACGAGUAUUUCCACAAGGGCGAGGACUACUGGAGAGGCCACAUAUGGAUCAACAUCAACUACCUGGUGUUGGAAAGCUUGCAAUACUACGGAACACAUCCAGAGACCAAGCCGGAGAUUCGAAAGCAGAUCAACACCAUCUACACACAGCUACGCACCAACUUGGUGGAAAACAUCUUCAAAAAUUACAACGAAACAGGAUACCUCUGGGAACAGUACAACGAGAACACGGGUGCCGGACAACGCACGCGUCAUUUUGCCGGAUGGACGUCCUUAGUGGUGCUGAUGAUGAAGAUGCCUCCUGAGCUUGAUCUGUGA